AUGAUAUUGACUGUGUUUCUGAGCAACAACGAGCAGAUUUUGACAGAAGUUCCCAUUACCCCAGAAACAACCUGUCGCGAUGUGGUGGAGUUCUGCAAGGAGCCUGGAGAGGGGAGCUGCCAUCUGGCUGAAGUGUGGCGUGGAAAUGAGCGUCCCAUUCCCUUUGACCACAUGAUGUUCGACCACCUGCAGAAAUGGGGGCCCCGCAGGGAAGAGGUGAAGUUUUUUCUUCGUCACGAGGAGUCACCAGCCGAAAGCAAUGAGCAGAGUGGACGUCAAGGCCAGAACCAAAGAAAUGGCAUAAAUCUACCCAUGGAGAAACGCGCUGAGAAUGGGGUUGGGAAUCCCCGCGUGGAGCUCACCCUUUCUGAACUGCAAGAUAUGGCUGCGCGACAGCAGCAGCAGAUCGAAAACCAACAGCAGAUGUUGGUGGCUAAGGAGCAGCGCUUGCGUUACCUGAAGCAGCAGGAGCGCCGCCAGCAGCAGUCUGUGUCUGAGAGCGAAAAGCUGCAAAAACUGAAGGAACGCGUCGAAACCCAGGAGACGAAGCUGAAAAAAAUCCGUGCCAUGAGGGGCCAAGUGGACUACAGCAAGAUCAUGAACGGCAAUCUGUCAACUGAAAUUGAGCACAUAAGUGCCAUGUUCCAGGAGAAGCAGCAGGAGCUACAGGCGGCGGUGUUAAAAGUGGAUCAGCUCACCCAGCAGCUGGAGGAUUUGAGGAAGGGGAAACUGAAUGGGUUUCAGUCGUACAACGGGCAAAUGACGGGGCCUGCGGCAGUGGAAUUGAAAAAGUUGUACCAAGAGCUACAGAUUCGUAACAGGCUGAACCAGGAGCAGAACUCCAAGCUGCAGCAGCAGAAGGAGCUGUUAAACAAGCGCAACAUGGAGGUGGCUAUGAUGGACAAGCGCAUCAACGAGCUGCGCGAGCGGCUGUACAAGAAAAAAGUUGAGGCACGUCAAAAAGAAAACAUUCCUUUGAACCGCAUUAACGGGACGUCCUCGCCGCAGUCGUCCCUGAGCGCCUCGGGAAGGGUGGCAGCGGUCGGACCUUACAUCCAGGUUCCCAGUGCGGGCACUUACGCUGUGCCAGUGGACCCAGUGAAACCACAGUCCCUCACCAUUGCUUCUAGCUCAACGCACGGCCGAUCAAAAUCCGAGACAGACUGUGGGUGUGUGAAAAAGUCUCCAGACACCUGGAAGGUCUCAGAUUUAGACACAAUAGCGGAUCCUAUUCUGUCACCUCCCACUUCUCUUCAGGCUGCUGUUCCCAGUGUCAUCCGCCUGGCACCUCCUCUCUUUGACACCCAGCACUCUAACGAUGGAAGUUGGCCAAUACUUAAACAGAGCUCGACGCCGGUGGUGAAGCCCCCUCAGAUCUCCAACCCAGACUGGAAAGAAUCGAGCAUGGACACCGCUUUAAAGCAAGGCACCAUCUCCAGCCAGCCCCUGCCGAGCUCCGCGCUGGGAAGCACUGACAAGCUGGGUCUUGACCUGGGGAAGGUGCCACCAACAAUCCCGGGUGUAAGCAAGCAGUUGCCUCAGAACUAUGGGACCUAUCCCAGCCCAGUUCCCUUGGGAACGGGCUCCACAAACUCCCUGGAGAGGAGGAAGGACGGGAGCCUGCCCCGGCCCGGCACCAGCGUCCCAAACCGGCCAAGGCCCGUGCCGCUGCCCCCGCCCAGCAGCGCCCACCAGCCCAGCUCCUCGCAGCAGAUCCAGCAGCGGAUCUCCGUUCCCCCCAGCCCCACGUACCAGCCCACCGGGCCCCCGCUGUUUCCUGGGGGUGAUGGCAGACCCGAGCUGCCCCUCACCGUGGCCAUCAGACCCUUCCUGGCUGAUAAGGGAUCCAGGCCUCAGUCUCCCCGGAAAGGGCCGCAGACGGUGAACUCCAGCUCCAUCUACUCCAUGUACCUUCAGCAAGCCACGCCGCCAAAGAACUACCAACAAGCCGUGUACAAUACCUUAAAUAAGUCCGUAAAAGCAGUUUAUGGAAAGCCGGUGUUGCAAUCUGGCUCGACGUCUCCCUCCCCGCUGCCGUUCCUCCACGGCUCCUUGCCUGCCCAGACCUCCCCGCAGCCGCAGCCUCAGCCGCAGCCCGAGGCCUCUGAGAAAGAGCAGGAGCUGGAAAACGCUCCCGCGCCCAGCGAGAACAGCAACGUGGAGAACAUCCCCCGUCCCCUCAGCCCCACCAAGCUCACGCCCAUCGUGCAUUCGCCCCUGCGGUAUCAAAGCGACGCCGACCUGGAAGCUCUGAGGAGAAAACUGGCCAACGCUCCCAGGCCGCUGAAGAAGCGCAGUUCAAUCACCGAGCCGGAAGGCCCGAGCGGACCAAAUAUACAGAAGUUGUUGUACCAGCGCUUCAAUACCCUCGCUGGGGGGAUAGAAAGUGCUCCUUUUUACCAGCCAAGCAACCCCCAGGACUUCAUAGGCAUCUUGGCAGACGUGGAUAACGGCAACGCUAGCACCAACGGCAACAUCGAAGAGCCCAUUUCCGUGCAGCCCACGGUUCCUCUCCCUGACGAGCCCCCUCCCUCGUCAGACGCCAACGAUAACGAAUUGCCCUCACCCGCUACCGAGGAACUGAUAAGCACUGAAACCACAAACCAGACGUCAGAGACCACUGAAGAUAACAACAACAACCCCGCCAUAGUCCCUUCCACCGAGCACUCGCCCAGCCCCACGCCCGACGUCAGCUCCCCGGUGGAGGAUGAAGCUCCUCUGCCCCCUGCUCUUCCUCCUCCUCACCCUCCUACAAAACGCACCAACCUGAAGAAACCCAACUCGGAACGGACGGGGCACGGGUUGAGAGUGAAGUUCAAUCCCUUGGCCCUCCUCCUGGACGCGUCUCUGGAGGGAGAGUUUGAUCUGGUGCAGCGGAUCAUAUACGAGGUGGAUGACCCCAGUAAGCCCAAUGAUGAAGGAAUCACCCCUCUCCACAACGCAGUCUGUGCCGGCCACCACCACAUCGUCAAGUUCCUCCUUGAUUUCGGUGUCAAUGUGAACGCGGCAGACAGCGAUGGGUGGACGCCCUUGCAUUGUGCUGCCUCUUGCAAUAGCGUUCAUCUCUGCAAACUGCUGGUUGAAUCUGGGGCAGCUAUUUUUGCUUCUACCAUCAGCGAUAUCGAAACGGCUGCAGACAAGUGUGAGGAGAUGGAGGAGGGUUACAUUCAGUGUUCCCAGUUCUUGUACGGCGUGCAGGAGAAGCUGGGGGUGAUGAACAAGGGAGUGGUGUACGCGCUGUGGGAUUACGAGGCCCAGAACAACGACGAGCUCUCCUUCCACGAGGGCGACGCCAUCACCAUCCUGAGGCGCAAGGAUGACAACGAGACAGAGUGGUGGUGGGCCCGCCUCAAUGACAAAGAGGGCUACGUGCCCAAAAACCUCCUCGGG